AGAUAUCUGGAUUCAUUUGAAAUGGACCGUUAUGCGCGUGAGCAAUUGAUGAGUGGUUUGCAGGUGGAUGUGAACCAGGGUUUGGAGAGUAAGAGGUCGGCAGCGGAUCCGCGUCAGUCGGAUCUGUACAUGUUGGACACGUGUGUUACUGGUGGUCCUAAGGGGACAGAGACGGGUGUGUUUUACGCGGUGGAUUUCGGUGGAACGAAUUUGCGCUGUGUUCGGACAGAGCUAAAGGGUGACGGGAAGUAUGAAUUGGACCAGAUCUCUCGAGAUAUAAGAGAGAUACCAACGAAAGGGAAUUUACCACGUGGAUUAAUGGACAAGGGUGCUACAGCUACGGAGUUAUUUGACCACAUUGCCCUGAUGUUAUUGGAAUUAAUGCGUCGUUCACAGGAUGACGAGAAGGGUACCUUCUAUAAGGUGGGUUUUACAUUUUCGUUUGCUAUCAAUCAGUUGGGCAUUGACCGUGCGGAGGCUCUGUCAAUGAGCAAAGGUUUUGAGACAGGUCAGAGCACUAACGACCCGGUGGUGCGGAAGGGCACGGACAUCGUAUUAUUAUUGAACAAGGCAUUACUCCGGAAUAGCGUGCCUGCCGAGGCCGUGGCAGUCUUAAAUGACACAACUGGGACGUUGAUAGCUGGUGCCUAUACUCGACCGCAAGACUAUCCGGACGCGCUAGUGGGUGUCAUUAUCGGUACGGGCAUGAACAUUUGCUAUGUGGAGCCAGAUGCCCGUCAAUACUUGUAUCAGGGUUCAGUUAUCAACACGGAAGCUGGUGCAUUGAAAAAGGGACUGCCAAGAAAUAUUGUUGACCAUGAGGUGGAUGAUGCUAGUUCUCCGAUGGGUGCUCAGCUUUGUGAGAAAAUGGUAUCUGGUCUUUACUUACCGGAGAUCUGUCGACGCCUUAUUCUCAAAGUGUUCCAAUGUGAUGCACCCCCAUUGGCUUGGGCACAUAACUCUAUGACGACACAUGCAUGUAUGCGCAUCGCCUAUGACGAAACCAAAGAACUCAGCGACACACGGGACGCCCUUAGCAUGCAACUUGAAUGGCCUGAGGUUAAACUUACCUGGGAAGUCUUGGAGAUAUGCCACAACCUAUGUCGUGCAGCUUGCCGUCGUUCCGCCGCCAUUAUGUCAUGUCUCAUAGCAACAUUCGCUAAACGUACUGGCCGUCUACAACCCGCACUUGGAGGUGUCACAGUCGCCAUAGACGGAUCAGUUUACACUAAAAAUCCAGAGUACCAGAAAGACUUCCGCCAGGAACUUGAAAAAACCGUUGGCAAAGACCUCGCAGACCUCAUCAAAGUCACCAUUGCUACUGAUGGUAGCGGUGCUGGGGCAGCCAUUCUCGCAGCUACACCCAAAGCUUCCAGCGAACCCGGCCUUGACUUUUCUGUCCCAGCAGAACGUCUCUGGCAACAGAAACACAACGACUGA